CGCUGGUCCCUGCGUCCGAGCUCCGGAGAGGUGCAUUGUGGGAAACUCCUGGGCGCUCCGCUCCUCCGGUCCACAGCUUUGCCUGCUGGGGUCGGGCUGAGGAAGCACACCACACCGAGCCAGAGGACCUGCGGAAGGCGCCCCUAUAAUGUCAAAGGGUAGGCUGCCCUGACACUGUGGUCCAGUCACCUGCCCGUCCACACGCCCAGACCAACUGCCAGUACCCUCACCAUGGAGUCCAGGGGAAAGUCGGCCAGCAGCCCCAAGCCAGACACCAAGCUGCCUCAGGCUCCCACGGAAGCCAAGGCCACUCCGGCUACUGACGGGAAAGGCCCCUCGACCAAGCCCGGGAAGAAAGAGACCCACGCAGAAAAGCAGGAGCAGCCAGCAGCCCCCUCACCCACCCCUGCCAAGAAGACCCCAGCCAAGGCAGACCCUUCGCUUCUCAACAACCACAGCAACCUGAAACCGGCUCCCACGGCCCCCGUAGCCCCCAGCAGUCCUGAUGCCACCACAGAGCCCAAGGGUCCUGGAGAUGGGGCAGAGGAGGACGAGUCUUCCGCGGGGGGCUCAGGGGGCCGAGGCCCCUGGCCCUGUGAGAACUUGACCUCCCUGAUGGUGGCUGGGGGUGUGGCUGUGGCAGCCAUGGCUCUUAUCCUUGGUGUGGCCUACCUGGCUCGGAAAAAAUAAUGCCUGGUGUCCAGGUGAGGGCACCGAGCUACAUCCUGUACAGACACACCUGGGGAGCUAGUGCAUGCGAGCUCAUACAAACCUAUCUAUACAUACACACAUACGCCAUAGGUAGAGAGAUAUAUAGGUAAAUAUAUAUAUCCCCCAUACACGCAGCAGGAGAAAGAUGGACAGCCCACCCACAGAGGGCAGACAGCCCACCUCUGCUGUCCCGGAAUGUCCCCCUCCUAGCUCUGGGGCAGAAGGACCGUAGGCUCUAGGGUUGGCAGGGCAGGGCAGAGCAAGGCAGGAGAAGUUCUGGUACCAAGAGGAGGUCUCCUCCCAGGCAGACCGCUGGAAUCAUCAAGGACGGACAGACCCUGUGUGCGGUCCGCAUGCCCUGCUGGUCUCCAGAAGGACAGGUGGCGGGCGGGCCAGCCACGUGGGAAGAGGAGAGGGCACAGCUGUCUCACUUGCCCCAUCUCUGCCCAUCCACGAUGCCGUGGAGCUGACUUGAUGUGGGCAGUCACGUCAGUAGAGCUACCUCCUCUUCCUGCCCUCUGUGCGCUGGCUAGGUGGGAAAGACAGAGCCUAAGAGCUGGUUUGGGGAGGAGGUCCCCAAGGUUAGCCUUUUCCCCCUGUGCCCCGGGGAGCCCCUGAAGCCCUGACCAGCAUCCUUCGUGCCCAGACCAGCAACCGUCCUGGAGGUGACUGAGGGACUGGGAGGGAGGCAGAGGGAACACUGAGGACUCUACCCCACAGCUGUCCCUGCCCGACACCCCAAUAGACUCCCCCUCCUGCCUGCACCUCCCACCCUGAGUCUACAGCGUAUAAAUGCAAUAACACAGGUAGAGUAGAACUGCUUGUGGGUGACCACCUCCCACUGCCUGCAGGAAAACCCGCCGGGCAGCCCCUCAGCAUGUUGGGUUCCAGCUUGCCCCCUGGUGCGGUGGCAGCGGGCAGCUUCUGGAAGGUGGUGGUGGGCACUGUGGAAACACUGCCCUCACCUGGCCACUGGCCGCAGGAACCCUGGGCCUGAGUGGAGUCUGAAAUAAACUCUGUUGUCUAAAGGC